UUCAUAUAUACUCCACGGACGUCCGUCCACGGUGGCCAAUCGCCGUUACGCGCCAUGGCUGCACCUCCACGGCGCCUCCUCCUCCUGGCCGCAGUUUCUUGGUUCCGCAUGGUAGCAGUUUGCCAGGUGUUGCCGUUGGGGCCUAUCUGCUCGACCACGGGCAACUACACCAACGGCAGCCCGUACCAGACGAAGCUCGCCGCCGUCCUGGCCGGCCUCCCGUCGGGCGCCAUCAGCAACCGGGGCUUCAACACCAGCACGGCCGGCGAGGCGCCCGACGACACGGUCUUCGGCCUCAUCAUGUGCUUCGCCGACCGGAACUGGACCAAGUGCCAGAACUGCCUCAGAGCGGCGGCCGCCGGGAUCGUGCAGACGUGCCCGUACAGCCGCCAGGCGAGCGCCUGCUACGACGCGUGCGUCCUGCGAUACUCCAACCAGUCCUUCUUCUCCGUCGCCGACCCCGGAGUCGCUUUCUACGCAUGGGUAGACGACUUCGUCGCGGACAUGGCCGGCAUGAACGGCACGCGGCGGGAGCUGAUGGGCCGGCUCAUGGCGGAGGCGGCCGCCGGCUCGCCCCUGAUGCUGGCAAACGGGAGCCAGCAGUACACGGACUCGCGCGGCGACUCGCAUGUGAUGCACGGGCUGGCACAGUGCACGAGGGAUCUGAACGCGAGCGAGUGCACGAGGUGCUUCUCGUCCUUGGUCCCGGAGCUGUCGAGAUCGAGACCCAACAACACGUAUGGCACCGUCAAGGGCUACAGCUGCUACGUCGCAUACAGAGUCGACAAUGAACUCGGCAUUACCAUCCCGCCUCCUCCACCAACACAGCCACUCCCACUGGUGCCGCCGCCGUCGCCACUCCCUUCGUCAGCUCCACCCAAUCCGCCGGCGGCGGCCAGAAGCAGAACCGCGCUAGUAGCGGGCAUCUCUACGGGUUCCGUGGCGUUCGUCAUCUGCGCGAGCCUGUCCGUAUGGUUAUAUCUUUGGCGCCGCAGCAGGAGACGAGAGGACAUAGCGAGACUACAAGAGGAGCUAGACGACGCAUUCGACGAGCAGCCGAUGGAAGAGGAUUUCGAGCAAGGGCCGAAGCGGUUCCGCUACGCCGAGCUCGCCGUCGCCACCAGGUACUUCUCCGACGAGGAGAAGCUUGGGGAAGGCGGCUUCGGGUCGGUCUACCACGGGUACUUGAAAGACAUGAACCUUGACGUCGCAAUAAAAAGGGUCUCCAAGACCUCCAAACAGGGGAAGAAGGAGUAUGCUUCAGAGGUUAAGAUCAUAAGCCGGCUUAGGCACCGAAACCUGGUGCAGCUUGUCGGCUGGUGCCAUGGCGGCGGCGAGCUGUUGCUCGUCUACGAUCUCAUGCCCAAUGGAAGCCUCGACACUCAUAUUCACAGUGAAAAAAGCAACCUACCAUGGCAACUCAGGCAUGAGAUUGUGCUUGGCAUAGGGUCUGCGCUUCUGUACCUGCAUCAGGAUUGGGAGCAAUGCGUUCUGCACCGAGACAUCAAGCCGAGCAACAUAAUGCUGGACGCGGCCUUCAACGCGAAGCUUGGCGACUUCGGCCUCGCGAGGCUUGUUGACCAUGGCAGAGGAUCACACACGACGGUGCUCGCUGGCACCAGGGGGUACAUGGACCCGGAGAGCAUGGUCACCGGCAGGGCGAGCACCGAGUCCGACGUCUACAGCUUCGGCGUGGUGGUCCUCGAGAUCGCCACUGGCCGACGCCCGCUCGUGCUCAUCCCCAACCAAGACCAAGACGAAGAAAAAUCCGCCAUACACCUGGUGCAAUGGGUCUGGGAGUUGUUCAGCGACGGGCGUAUUCUGGACGCCGCCGACGAGCAGCUGGACGGCGAGUUCGACGGCGGGGAGAUGGAGCGUGUAAUGGUCGCCGCGCUCUGGUGUGCGCACCCGGACAGCAGCGUGAGGCCGUCCAUCAGGCAGGCGGUCAACGUGAUGCGGUUCGAGGCGCCGCUGCCCAGCCUCCCAGCCAAGAUGCCUGUUGCGAUGUUCAUGCCGCCGGUUGACGGUUUCUUGACAGGAAGCAGCGGCGGCAACAGCAACAACAGCAACACCACGACGUCUACAGUAGAGACGUCUGCCUUGCUCAGAUGACAAAUGUACGCGUUGAAAAUAGAGUACAUCUAUUCAUACUUAGGCCCUUCAUUUUUGUGAUCCAACGGCCUUGAGUAGACAAUAAUACAGCCAAACUCUUGUGCUAGUAUAUUUAGCCUUCAUGUGUGUUCAUUCAUUCCCAUAUUAAUUGUCGCUCAACGCUGUGUCUAGCACGUUAAGCAACAUCUAAUAUAAGACUAGAAAA